AUGACUCCUUGCAACAAGAACUUCAUAAUUGCAUAUGCAAUUAUGAAGGAUGAGACUGAAGGGAGCUACAGAUGGGUAUUGGAGAGACUGAGGUGCUUGAUUGGGGAAGAUAUUCAUCCGAGCGCUAUUCUUACUGAUCGAGAAUUGGGGCUUAUGAGACCAGUGUCAGAGGUUUUCCCACGUUCUUCUCAUCUACUAUGUACGUGGCACAUAAAUAAGGACGUAGAAGAUAGAGUGUACAGAAUUAGUGGGAAAAACCAAGAGUUUGCUGAAAUUUUCAAGAAUAGUACAUGGAAGAAAAUUAUCAGAGCGCCAAGUUUUGAUCAAUAUAACAUAGCUGUGGAGCACUUCAGAGAUCGGUUUAAAGGUUUUCCAGGGUUGAUACAGUACAUUGAGGGGACUUGGCUGGGACACAGAGAGAAGUUCGUAUCUUGCUGGACGGACUUAGUCCUACAUUUUGGAAACACCACCACAUGUAGAGUCGAGAGCGCACAUGCUCAGCUUAAGCAGUGGCUCAACUCUAGCACCGGUGCUCUGGACACAGUCUGGACGAAGGUCGACAAAGUUAUACAGUCGCAGCUGAUAGAUAUCCGCAAAACACUUGAGGACUCCAGACGGACUAUUGGCGUACAUCGACGCGGUUUUCCAUUUGACAAGCUCUCAUGCAGAGUGUCGCAUUACUGUCUGGAUUUAAUAUCGAAAGAACUAAGGCGUAUGCGAGAAUUGAGUACCGAUGUCUACGAUCGCUGUGGUUGUGUGGUUAGAUCAACACAUCAGAUCCCCUGUGCAUGUGAGCUGCGAGCGGUGGUCGAUUCAGGUAACCCGAUCAGCCUUGACAGUAUACACCCGUUUUGGACGAAACUUGUUAUUCUCGGCGAUGGGUUGGACACAUCAGCGCAACCCGAUUUUGCUGGUUUUCAGACUGAGGAACAUCAGUAUUUUCACGAGGUCGCCGACGAGGUCAUGACUAAGGAUCCUUCAGUGUUGCGUGAUAUUUCUCGUAUUGUUCGAGAGCGACUUCACCCCGAAGACUUAGGCUACAUGGAACCAGAAGUUAAAACAAAUGUCAGAGGUCGACCAAAGGGGAGCAAAUCAACGAAGCGGGAUCCGAGUCGUCAUGAGUACAAGGACCGUGUACCUGGUCGUCCUAAAUCUUCCAAAGCUCAGAAAAAUCGUACAUCCGCGUCAGCUGGUUUGCAAAAUGCGGAGGUUAUUCCAGGAUUCCUUUUACCAUUCGUUGACGAGCUUGUGGACGUGCGUGGAGACGGCAACUGUGGAUUUCGCGUGGUGGCAGACCACAUAUAUGGUGACGAGAAGAUGUGGGGAAUGACUAGAAUGAACAUUGCAAACGAAAUCUCCGCCCACCCUUAUCGAUACGAAGGUAUUUUCAUUGAUGGGUUGCAAGCGGCCAUUACACGUAUUAGCUGGGAAGGCGGCGAGUGUGGCCCUAGCUACUGGAUGCAGGUAUUGGAUGACUUGUUCCCUAUUGCCACUAUCUUCAAUGCAGCUGUUAUUUACAUACAAGGCGGGACGCUACAACAGACGCGGUUCUCUUCGUUUACUGUUCUGCCUUUGCAUUCCUCUGAGGUUCACUCACGACCAUCGAAGGAGAUAGUGAUAUUGUAUAUUAGUGGACGCGCACAUUUUGUUAGGUUGAAUUUGCAGGAUAAUUUUCCUGUCCCACCAAUUCCCACCCUGUGGUUCCAGCACAGGGACCAUACUGUUCAGUCUUGGCAUACUUUAUAUGCUAAUAGGAGAGAGCAAUGGGAUAGUUUGAUAGGUAUGGCAGAUUGAGUUGAUUGUAAAAUGUUUAUUCGGUAAUUAUACUGAUUGUGUGUUUUAUUAUUAUACGUGUAAUAUUUUUGAACUC